GACAGAACAGUGCUUGAGAUCUUGCGCAACAACUCAAAGUUGGAGGCCCUUUAUGCGAUGACGGCACAUCGAGCCUUUCAGUUCUGCAAGCAAUACAAACGAACUACGGAGUUUCGAAGGUUAUGUGAAAUCAUCAGGAAUCAUCUGGCUAAUCUGAACAAGUAUAGAGAUCAAAGAGACCGACCUGACCUAUCUGCACCUGAGAGCUUGCAACUGUAUCUUGAUACUAGAUUUGAGCAGCUGAAGAUAGCUACUGAACUUGAACUGUGGCAGGAAGCGUUCCGCUCUGUUGAAGAUAUUCAUGGAUUGAUGUGCAUGGUUAAGAAAACCCCUAAACCAUCGUUGAUGGUGGUUUACUAUGCGAAGCUCACAGAAAUUUUUUGGAUUUCUGCUAGCCACCUUAAUCAUGCUUAUGCAUGGUUCAAGCUAUUCUCGCUUCAGAAAAGCUUUAACAAAAACUUAAGCCAGAAGGAUUUGCAGUUAAUAGCAUCAUCUGUUGUCAAGCUUGGGUCAUAGACAAUUAUUACAUUU